AUGACAAUAUUCGCCAUUUAUCCGCUCUGUAGGAAACACGCAUAGUGAUCGGACGCACAUAUAAAUAAAAUUGAUAAUACACAUACAUAAAUGAGUUAACUCGUGCGCAUGCCAUAUUGUGAUUUGCAACAAUUUUAGUGCAUGUGUGAUUGUUUUUAUGCAUGUUUAUAAUGUGGAGUAGUGCAGUGCUUGAUUGUAAUUAAUGACUGAAAUUAUUGUAUAAGUUUACUCCAUUUAUACAAUCAUUAAUAAUAUUUGACAAUAUCGAAAGUGUUCAUUAAAUAUUUAAAAAUUGGAUUUAAAUAUGGAGGAAAGCGAAGCACCUGCGCAGGCGCGUAACCUGCUUGGACAAAAAACAGCAGUACCAUCAAGAAGAGUAGAUAAUGCAUUAACUAGAACCCUACGAUCAUGUUGUGUUAUACCUCAGCGGUAUAUUUUAGGUGUUAUGGGUUUACUUGGAGUAUGCAAUGCGUAUACAAUGCGAGUGUGUCUCAAUUUAGCAAUAACUCAGAUGGUGCGGCUGAACAAAACUUCAAACGAUCAUUUUGAUGAAAACGCUUGUCCCAGUGACGAUGUAAUUAAUAAUGUUACGACAGUUGAGGUUGAUAAACCGUAUGCAAUAUUUGACUGGGAUCAAUCAACACAGGGUCUCAUUCUAAGUGGUUUCUACUACGGUUAUGCAGCUACCCAAGUGCCUGGAGGCUAUUUAGCUGAACGAUUUGGAGGUAAAUGGACUUUGGGAGUAGGAUUGUUAAGUACAGCUCUCUUCACUUUCCUUACUCCAGUAGUGAUCAGAGCGGGUGGAGCUACAUGGUUGUUUAUACUUCGAGUUUUGCAAGGAAUGGGAGAGGGUCCAACCAUGCCUGCGCUCAUGAUAAUGUUGGCGCGAUGGGUCCCUCCUCACGAAAGGGGUUUCCAAGGAGCCCUUGUAUUUGGAGGUGCACAAAUUGGAAACAUCUUCGGGUCCUUCAUGUCGGGUAUUCUGCUAGCUGAUGGGAGAGAUUGGGCUUAUGUUUUCUAUUUCUUUGGUGGAUUUGGAAUAUUAUGGUUUCUAUUAUGGAGUCUUCUGUGCUAUAGUACACCCAACACGCAUCCCUACAUCUCAAAGAAGGAGUUGAACUACUUGAACAAUAACGUCACGACUGCUGAAGCUCAGAGUGUGAAAGAUCCGGUUCCCUGGAAGGGGAUAUUACGUUCUGCGCCGGUGUGGGCACUCGUGUGUGCUGCUGUUGGUCAUGACUGGGGCUAUUACACAAUGGUCACAGACCUUCCUAAAUACUCCCACGAUGUGCUCAAGUACAACAUUGCUACCACUGGUACAUUGACGGCUCUACCGUAUAUUGCUAUGUGGGUUAGUUCUUUCCUGUUUGGUUUAGUUUGUGAUAUUUGCAUCAAGAAAGGAUGGCAUAGUAUCAAAACUGGAAGAAUUAUUCAUACUACGAUUGCUGCUACUGGUCCAGCUAUUUGCAUUAUCCUAGCAUCGUAUGCAGGAUGUGACCGUACCGCUGCUAUGGUUUAUUUUGUACUGUCUAUGGCGCUUAUGGGAGGCUUCUACAGCGGUAUGAAGGUAAACGCAUUGGAUCUGGCCCCCAAUUAUGCGGGCUCAUUAACAUCCCUUGUAAACACCACUUCUACGUUUGCUGGAAUAGUGACACCAUAUCUUAUAGGACUAAUGACACCUAAUUCAACAUUAGUAGAGUGGCGUGGUGCAUUCUGGGUGUGCUUCGCUGUGCUGGUGGGCACUAAUGUGGUGUACUGCAUCUGGGCAGAUGGAAAGCAACAAUGGUGGGAUGACGUCAGGCAGUUCGGAUAUCCACCAGACUGGAAACACGGACCUCUCAUUAAACAGGAUAUAGAACAAAGAGAAUCCGUUAAGUUAUCUGAUGACAAAGAGGUAUACUAAUUGUAUACACUUAUGUUGUAAACCUACAUUGAUAGUUGAAUACUCUUGCAUCAUUUAUUAGACGAAACAUAUACUAGUGCCAAAAAUAUAUUUGUAAUGCCACUGUACUUAUUGUGAAUAAGUAUAAUUAUAUAAGGUUAAUCGUGAAGGGUUUACAAAACCGAAAGCAAAUGAAGCAAAGCGGAAAAUAUUUUACAAGACUUUCUCUCAAAUUGAAGGGUCACGUGAUGAAUUAAGUUUGAAAAUACAAAAUUUAUUUACUGAUUACUACUUUCUUUCUUGGUUGGAGUUGUUUAGUUAGAGUACUAUUCUAUUUGGUUUUUGGUUUAGUAUAUACUUUACGAUAAACCGUAUAUAUUUUGUGCAAUUAGUGUAAUUAAUUAUAACAAAUAAAUAUACGAAGUAUCAACUAAAUUGGGCGAUGCUUGAAAGUAUAAGUUAAAAAACGACACACAAACAGAAACAAUUUUAUAUACUAUAACAUUUCAGUCUUUAAAAAUUUUUAAAAUGUGUUCAUUUACGGGAGUUUUCCCCAAUUAAAUUAUAUUGUUCAUACGUUUACUUUAAUUAAGCUUAACAAUUAAUUUAUAAUAAACAUAAGUACAAAGUUUGUAAUGAAAAUAUUCUUAACUAUAUAAUACUGUCAAUGACAUUUUGUAUUUAGCUUAAGUUGAAAAAUAUAUUUGGAAGUUGGAAGAAAUAUAUGUAUGUAUAGCUAUAGUAGCCUAUUAUAUUAUUAUUUAAUCUACUCGGUAAUCUCUCUCUCAAAACAUAUGUAUUUCUCUACUGUUACUACCUUGGUCAGGUAUCUUGAUAUAGAUUUCCGAAUACAUAUAUAUAUUUUUUAAUUUUUACAUUUAUAUAGGGACUUUUAUCAUAAUAUAAUAAUGCCAGUCCCAUCGUAUUUUCGAAUAUAUUACAAGUUUGUAUUUUGUUGAACCGAAUAUAAGUAAUACGCGUGUAUACGAGUAUAUCAUAUAAAAAUAUACAGUAACGUAUAAUAUACAGUUUCAAAUAAUUUUAUUAAUUUUCAGAUUAACCUCUAAAAAUAACAUAUGUAUAAUAUUUAUUAACAUUAUAUUAGUACAUAGCAUAAUACUACAAUAGAUUUACAAUAUUUUCAAAUUGGUUCUAGUCUGAAUAAUCUGAAUUCUAGCCACAUAUGCUUUAUUGUCAGCUCACUCAUAGCAAACAAUCAUCAUAGUCCGUAAAUUGGUGCUCUUGUCUGGGAUUUACAAAAUACUUCUAUUUCUAUGCAGCUAUCCUGUUUUUCUAUGUCAACACUUUUUAUUAAUUUCUCAUCUUUAGUGUUAUAUUUUACGUAAUAGUCUUUAUUAAUUUGUUUAUAUUUCGACCUAUACAAAAUUCUUUAACCAUAAAUAGCUGUGAAAGCGUCAAUUUGGAAAUUUAUUAUCUGCUAAGAUAAACCAUUAUUUAUUUUUAUACAUACUUUACCUUCGUUGCAUAACUAUAUCGGUCAUGAAUAUUAAAUUUAGUAAUAUUUAAUAAAAAAAUUAUCUGUAUGCUAAGUAAAGCAUACACAUUAUUUUCUUCUGCAGUAUGAUAAACAUUUUUAUGUAUUCUAAGACAAUGAAAAAAUUACAUCACUGGACAAUAUAUGUGUAUUUACUCAUGUGCAACUAUUUUGGUUAUUAAACAGAGUUAAGUUAAAAAUUAAUCAUAAAAAAAUGUAUAAUUGCCAUAAUAAAGAUAAAUAAAACUUCUAUGAAUGUA